CUCAAGAUCCAUCUGUGGUGGGUUGGACUGGUAGUAGUGGGGCAAAGAUGUCUAGGCCCACGACCCAGAAUUAGAAGAUCCAAAGCGUGUUACCCAACUUAAACCCUGAUCAACGUUUCUAUGGGUUUCCUUCAUCAAAAACGUCUCAAGUUCUUCAACGGGAUCAAGGGGUACGCUCGCAUAAUGCACCAGUCGAAAACCCUUUUUUUUCUCGAUCCUUUUCUUCUCUCUCGAUUCUCAAACCUCCGACGGCUCUCCAAAUUUGCAUCUCUAGCGCCAUCACACCUCCGACUCCACUGUUGCUCUCAAAAUACGCUGAAAUCGCCGACUGAGUGUGAGAUGAUUGUUCAACAUGUAAAGGAUUUGAAUUUCUUUUUAAUCCUACUACCGUUUAUAGAAGGCUCCACAAUAGGGAAAGUAUUUGAUUUUAUAAUCUUUUUGGUAAGGAAACAUGUUGUUUUUGGUAAGGUAACAAAGGGAAUGGAGAUAAUUAAGAAGAUUGAGUUAUUGGGAAAAAGUGAUGGAAAACCUUCUAGUGUGUCGGAAUCAGAAGCUGAUUCUGAUUCUUCAAGGUCAUCUGCUGGUGGUAAAAGGAGGAAGAAGAGGUCAACAAAGAAAGAAGUCAAACAACGUAAGAUCAAACAGAAAGAAAAGAGACAGUUGCCUGGCAAAAGCUCAAAGAGAAGGUCCUAA